GUAAGAUCCACCCCAAACCAAAAAAACAAAAAUGACAUUGACCAAAAACCCUAGCUCUUAUGAGCUCACCAAAUCAAUCGUCAGUAAGGUCCACAAAACCCCCCUCAAUGCCCGAGAAGAGUUCACCUCCUCGUAUGACUCCAAUAAGUUGUUCCCCAGGUUCCACAUCCCCAACGAGUCUAGCGAUUCCCAUUUGAUAUUCAAGUACGUAACAGAGGAAUUGUCGUUGGACGGAAACCCCACGUUGAACUUGGCGUCGUUUGUCAACACAGAGCUUUCAGAACCUGCCAGAGCUUUGAUCAACGACAACUUGGUGAAAAAUUUGGCUGAUAAUGACGAAUAUCCCAGUUUGAUUGAGUUUCAGGGAAGAUGUAUCUCCAUGAUCAGUAGCUUGUGGCAUGCACCGCAACACUACGAUGAGCAAUUGAGGAGAGAGGUUCCUGCCACUGUGGGCACCGCCACUACCGGCUCGUCGGAGGCCAUUAUGUUGGCAGGUUUGGCCUUGAAGAAGAGCUGGCAGGAAAGACAGCGGCAGGCGGGCAAAAGUACCGAAAACCCCAACAUCUUGAUGGCCACGUGUGCGCAGGUGGCAUUGGAGAAGUUUGCCCGGUACUUUGACGUGGAGAACCGGUUGAUUGAAAUUAGUGCUGAAAGUGGCCAUGUAAUUGAUGUCAAGAAGAUCAAGGAGAACAUUGAUGAGAACACCAUCGGGAUCUUUGUGAUUAUGGGCUCAACCUUCACAGGGGCGUUCGAGCCGGUGUUGGAAAUCAACAACUUGUUGGACGAAGUUGAGAAAGAAACCGGUGUGGACGUUAAGAUCCACGUUGAUGGGGCCAGUGGAGGCUUUACUGCUCCAUUCACUCACCCCAACUUGAAGUGGGAUUUUCUGGUUGAUAGAGUUGUAUCAAUCAACACUUCGGGCCACAAGUUUGGUUUGACCACUGCUGGUUUGGGUUGGGUAAUCUGGAAGAACAUCAAGUAUUUACCUGAGAAUUUGAGAUUUAAGUUGGACUACUUGGGAGGUAUCGAGGAGACUUUCAAUUUGAACUUCUCUAGAGCCGGAUUCCCCGUCAUUCACCAGUACUACAAUUUCUUGACGUUAGGUAGAGAAGGGUACACCAAGUUGUUUGACAAUUGUAUGAACAAUGCGCGGGUGCUCUCGUUGUUCUUGGAAGAGUGCUCUUAUUUCGAGGUGUUGUCUGUGAUCCACAAACCCGCUAUCCCAGGAAGUUAUAAGCUCGACAAGAUUGAUGAUACCAACUUCCACGAGCAGUACCAGCCAGGAUUACCUGUGGUUGCGUUUAGAUUCUCCAAGGAUUUCACAAAGAAGUACCCCGAGAUUCCACAGAAUAUCCUCUCUUUGUUGUUAAGAAACAAGGGAUUUAUUGUCCCCAACUACCACUUACCCCCUGGGGAACAGCUGAAGGAGAUUUUGAGAGUGGUGGUCAAGUCAUCACUUAGUUUGAACUUGUUGGAGAAGCUUAUGCAAGAUAUUCUUUCGUCGGUAGAGUUGUUGAUUUCGUCGUGCGAUUCUGUCAGGAACUUAAUUGCUGCAAAAGACAAAGGUAAGCUCGAUCACAAAGUUGUUUAUGACUUAUUGUUGUCGGUUGCUUCUAAUGGGGUUGAGGAACUUAAGGGGCAUCAAAAGAAGUUCCACGCAGCCAAGUCUGGUCACUCGCCUCACAAGAACUCCUACAGAGGAGCUUGUUAAAAAUAUGACUUGAGUUUGAAUUAGUUUAGAACUAGACAAUGUAUGAAGUUCAGUUCCUAAGACACUAGUUGUGUAAUAGUUGGAACCUCUGC